AUGGAUGAUUUAGUUUUUAUUGGUGAUUGGAUAAAGGACAGAGUUUUGGGAUCCGGAAGUUUUGGCAUUGUUGUACUUUGGAGACAUAAAAAUAAUGAAGAGAAACUUGCAAUCAAGACAUGUAAGUGGAGCAAUGAGCUCACUGCUAAACAUAGGGAGAGAUGGACAAAAGAAGUAGAAAUGUUACAAACUUGCAACCAUCCGAGUAUAGUGGGAACAAAAGAAUUACCACCAGAAUUUUUGACGGGACUAGCUCGCGCAAAUCCGUCAAGGCUACCUAUUUUAUGUAUGGAGUAUUGUAGUGGUGGUGAUCUAAGGCAAUUAUUAAAUAAAGCCAACUCAUGCUGUGGAUUAAAAGAAACACAAGUUCGCAAAAUACUCAAAGACAUUGGUAGUGCUAUGCGAUUCUUACAUAGUAAUAAAAUUACUCAUCGCGACCUUAAGCCUGAAAAUAUUGUUGUGGAUGUGAAACCUGCCACUAACAUAGGUGCUGAUCAAAAUCCAACUCUCAACAUUGAAUCAUAUAAAAUUAUUGAUCUCGGCUAUGCCAAAGAAAUUGAUUCAAAUUCUAUCUGUGCUAGUUUUGUGGGUACUCUUCAAUAUUUAGCACCUGAAUUAUUUUACAGCAAAACUUAUAGUAAUUCAGUAGAUUUUUGGUCAUUUGGAUUAUUAGCUUUUGAAAUAAUUUGUGGAGUCAGACCAUUUUUACCAUUUAAAGCCCCUGUUGAAUGGAUGCCAUUUGUUAAAAAAAAGUCACAUGAUAAUAUAUGUGUUCAUGAAACAUUUCAUGGUGACGUCAAUUAUUCAAAUGAGAUUUUUCCAGAAAAUCAUAUAUCAAAACCUUUGAAAGCUCUUAUUGAAGAAUGGUUAAAAGUAGCCUUGGAAUGGGAUCCUAAAUUAAGAGGGAGAGAUUCUCCUUCUAAAGUAACAUUUGAUAUUCCAUCAGAAGGAAGAAAUACCUAUGUAGGAAGUAAUGUGAUUAUUUUUAGUUCACUUGAACAAAUUCUUUCAAAAAAGAUAAUAAAAAUAUUUUGUGUCACUACUAUGUCACAUAUGGCCUAUGAGAUUUACAAUACAACACAAAUUAAAGAUAUAAAAUUAUGGAUUUAUGAGGAGAUGAAAUUUCCAGCUGAAGAUCAGAUAAUAAUAUCACAAAGUUCUUAUAUUAAUCUAAACAAUGAAGAAAUAGUUAUGAAUUAUUUUGAUGAAAAUAAGGCAGUUAUGCUAUAUCUUUAUAAUAAGAAGAAAAUGCUAGAUGACUCUGUACCACCGACAGUUCCAAAAGCGGUCCAAAGAAUUUUAGAAAAUCCCAAAACAUUGUUCAAUUAUAGAAAUAGCCAGAAUCUUUACAAGAGUGCUUUCUACUUUAUUAUAUCACAAAUGGAAAUAUAUGAAGCUUUUAUUAAUGGUAUCAUAUUUAGUGCUGAGUCACUAAAACAAGAAAGCAAACAACUAUUAAUAAAGUAUAAUAAUGUGGACAAAGAUAUAGGUAAACUACUUGGGCAGGUUGAGAUAUUAACAAAUAUGACCAAACUGGGGAAAAGUCACAUUGACUCUUUGAAAGAGAAUGAUAUAGGUACAAAUGUUUUAGGUGGUUUUGGGAAAAUAUUUAAAGAUGCUGAUAACUUACUUGAAGAAACACAGAAACUACAAAAUGCCUGGUCACAGAUGUCAGUGAGACUACAAUCAGCUGCAAGAAGAAGUAAUGAAGACAUUUCUGCUUAUGUAAAAGCAUUCCUAGGCAAAUAUAACUAUCAAAAUAUAUUUAUAGAAGCUCAUAAAACUUUUGUCUCUUAUAAUAAGAGUGACUUCUAUAAUGGCAACAGAGAAAAAGAAAGAUAUUGUUCAGACAUUAUGAAACUUUGUUACAAUUGCCUAAAACUCAGAAGUUCAAUUUUACAAGAACUACAACAUCAGCCUUUUAUUAUUAAAUUUAAAGACUUAAACACUGAAUUUGAUAAAAUUUCAGACAUAAUUACUCAUGCAACGGACCAUACAGAAAGGCUUGGGAACAACUUGUCUGCUUUGAUACAUGAAUUCUCCAAUUGCAUUUGGUCUACGAUUAGUGUUGUGGUGCGAGAAGCAGACAAUGUGUCGGACCUUCCUUACAGUGUAGUAUCAUUUCAAAAGCGAGACUUUAAAAUCGGGGAAGCAGUUUCAAGCCAUUGUAUUCCUGUUAACACAGUAGAAGAUGAAUCUGUAAAAUCACUUAUAUCUGAAAGCCUCAAACUAAGACAAAACCAUACAAGUUUAUGUGAAAAAUUAAAGUCACAAAAGAUAUAUUUGCAACAAACUAUCUGUGAUUUUAGCUUUUUAAAUAAUGAU